AUGCGUCGACUUCUCUGUGUGCAUGUAUUCCUAUGCUGCCUCAGUAUGGCUCAUCCCUUCUGUCCAUCCCAGUGCACCUGUGUCUUCCAUGGACGUACCGAUGGAGCUGGAACCAGAUCUGUGCUCUGCAAUGAUCCAGACAUGUCUGAUAUUCCCGUUAACGUCCCUGUGGACACGGUCAAACUUCGCGUUGAGAAAACAGCAAUACGACGAAUCCCAACAGAAGCUUUUUACUACUUGGUGGACCUACGCUAUCUAUGGAUUACUUACAAUUCCAUAACCUCUGUGGAUACUGCAAGCUUCUACAACCUCAAAGUGCUCCACGAGUUGAGGCUAGAUGGGAAUAUGAUUUCUAUGUUCCCUUGGGAGUCUCUGAAAGAGAUGCCCAGGCUGAGGACCCUCGAUCUACACAACAACAGAAUCUCUAGUGUCCCCAUGGAGGCAAUCCCAUUCCUACUCAAUAUUACCUACUUGGACCUUUCCAGCAAUAAAUUAGCCACCUUGCCCUCUGAGCUCAUGGAUAUCUGGCCCCCAUUCAAUGGAGCUGCCGUCUCUACUAAUGCCUCUCAGAAAGUUGUGUUAGGCCUCCAAGAUAAUCCCUGGUUCUGUGACUGUAAAAUCUCCAAGAUGAUUGAGAUUUCCAAAAUGACUGUCACCCCUGUGGUUUUGAUGGACCAAUUCCUGACCUGUAGUGGACCAGAGAACCUGGCAGGAGUCCUUUUCCAGCGCGCUGAAAUAGACAAUUGUGUAAAACCAACAGUCAUGACUUCGGCAACCAAGAUCACAUCUCCUUUGGGCAGUAAUGUUCUCCUGCGAUGCGACACCACAGGGUUUCCAACACCAUCUCUUCACUGGUCUAAAUCAGACGGUUCCACAGUCGACAACACAGUCCAGGAAUCACCUGGGGAUGGCAUCAGAUGGUCCAUCAUGAGCUUGACUGGAAUAUUGUCCAAAGACGCGGGGAACUACAGCUGCAAAGCUAAGAAUGUUGCUGGAAGUGCAGUAGCCACCAUUUCUCUCUCCGUUGCUGGGUCCAUCAGUACCACCAUUCCUCCAGUGAGCACUAGCAAUAGUACUGCACCAACUAGCCAAGCCACAACAUUAGUUCCCCCAACAGACAAUCCUAACUUGUCGACCGUCACACUCACAGUUCCCCCAAGAACAUCAACCACAAUAGCUGCAGUAGUCCCCAAGAGGGAGAAAACUACUCCCAGCAACAUUAUACAGAAGGGCUCGCUUAAACAAGGAAAAAUCCAGCAAGGCAGUAAUGGGAGGAAGCUUGCAGCAGAUGAAAAGAGCAAGAAAAGUGAUUCAACAAAGUCAGUGAAAGACUUCAAGAUUGUAGAGGAAACGUCAGAUAGUGCAGUGUUGCUUUGGACAGCAGAUGGAAUACCAAAUGAUGCCCCUCUCACGGUUGUGUAUUCACCUUACGGAGAGGAUGAAAUCAAAAGAACAGUGGAGACCAAUGCUGGAAGCGGAAAAUUGCUCCUAGAGGGAUUGUCAUCUGGGAUGCAGUACUCUGUUUGUCUCAUUGCUAAAGGAAGUGCUGCUGGAAAAGAUCCUUGUGUUGACUUCUACACAUUGGAUAAUGUAGAGGAUGGAGGGCAGAACCAGCUUUUUAUCAUCAUAAGUGGCAUUGCCUGUGCUUUGGUUUUGCCUCUGAUCGCAUUGUUGCUCUACAAGAUUCUUGCUCUCUAUUGCAAGGUUAACAACCCAGGAUCGGACGAAGAGGAGCUUGAAAAAGAGAGCUAUGUCAAGUUUGAGACAAUUUCAAUGAAACAAAGGACCAUGAACCCUCAUCCGACUGAACUUUGGGCAAGGAGACAGACUAACGAAUCAGAGCGAAUGCUUCUAUGCUCCAGGUCGAGCAUCGACUCCCAGAUGACAUAUAAAAGUGACAGUUCCCGAUCAGAGUAUCUCUGUUGA